AUGCUUACGUCGCGCCGACUGCAUCAUUUAGUGCUCGCCCAAGAGUCCAUUUGGCACCAUCAGUUGGUUCGAUUAGAGGCAAAGAAGAGGCCAGUUAUGGUGGCUGCCUUAUAUCGGCAGCAGACUGCCAGAAGUGGGUCUCCUUCCUGGACACAGGGGGUAAGGCGAUCCGAGAGUGCACUGGAACACGAGGUUCAUACUCAAGUGGAGAGGGAAGCAGAAAGUCUUGGGAAUAGUGAAGAAAGAGGAGCUGAAAUGAAUCACGGUAGCUCAACGGAAAGCAAGGAGGAAAUCAUUAGCUGUAAAUCGCCUAGUCAAGAGAAAUAUGGAAAACUUUCUGGCACACGUGAGCUCAAAAGGUUCUUAUUAGUCUGA